AAGUGGAAGAAGCAACGACAUGAACGCCUUGCACAUUGCCACCAUCCUUGCCGCUGUUUUCUAUACCAGUAUGGCCGGUGGCAUUGGUUACGGCAUUGGCUACGGUGGUGGCUACGGCGGUGGCUACGGUGGAGGCUACGGUGGUGGCUACGGCGGUGGCUACGGCGGCGGCUACGGCGGCGGCUACGGUGGUGGCUACGGUGGCGGCUAUGGCCUGGGGCAUGGCGGAGGCAUAGGCACUGGCGGCGUUGGUAUUGGAAGCAGCGUGGCUCUUCUUCGAGGAGGACCUGGACUGUAUAAGGCUGUGGCUGGUCCGGCUUUCUUGGUCAGAACCGUGCACCAAGUGAACAAGAUUUCCGGUGGUGGGGCACUUCUCGCCCAUUCUGGCCUUGGAGGAGGCAACGGAUACGGUGGUGGUUACGGUUACGGUGGCGGCUACGGAUAUGGUGGAGGCUACGGAUACGGCAGCUAUGGAUAUGGUGGCUAUGGUUACAAGGGUUGAUUGGGAACGAUAGAAAUGGACUUUUUUUGGACUCCGUAAAAUAUCCAUGCCUCAAAAUUAGCCACGCUGUGUUUUUGUUUUUGGGUUUUGUAUAAAGUUCGCACAAACGGAAUCAUUAGCGGUACUGUAAAUUUCAUUCUAAAGACACUUUUCUGAAAAGACAGCGUCGCAGUAAAGUCUUCCAUAUCUGUUCCUAUAAACAACAAUUUGAAUGAUGAGGUAAGCUUGUAUUUCAUAGCAUCACCAGUUUUUUGUUUUAUAAAAAUUGAGUUUCGAUUUUUCUGCAUGAUGUACAUUUUUUCAUAACACCUUCAUUGUGGCAAGCUUUGGCGGAAGACACUGUAGAAUAUUGCGGUGUUAUUGUCUUUCCCAUCCUAUCAUCGCAGAGAUCCACGUGUAAAAACAAAGAGCGCAGAGAUCUCAUCUUACAUCUGGAAAAGGAAAAUGAUAUGGGGAUUUUCGACAUUUUGUACAGUUCUUCACCACUCAGGAAUAAAUAAAUUUAUUUGUACUUCAAAUCGA